CUGCUUCGGCCUGUUCCGCGGCCACUCGGUCAUUUUCGCCUCUUUGUUUUACUGAUAGUGGAUUUAACUCGGAUUCGACCCAAUACCCGGCGGACCGAGCUGCUCGCAAACAGGCGCCAAUGAGAGGCGGUCCACGAUGAGGAGCUAACAUUGUCGCUCAGACAACCACAGGACGAGACGUGGACGCUGCACCACCUACAGCCGACGCAUGGCGGUGCUAGGGAACCCCGACAUGCUGACGAGGAAGAUCAAGUUGUGUCACAUCAACGCCCACAUCACAUGUCGUCUGUGUGAGGGCUACCUGAUCGAUGCCACCACCGUCACCGAGUGCUUGCACACCUUCUGUAGAAGCUGCUUAGUAAAGUACCUGGAGGAGAACAACACGUGUCCCACGUGUCGAAUCGUCAUCCAUCAGAGUCAUCCGCUGCAAUACAUCGGCCAUGACAGAACAAUGCAGGACAUCGUCUACAAGUUGGUGCCCGGACUUCAAGAGGCGGAGAUAAAGAAGCAGAGAGAUUUCUAUCAGAAGUUGGGGAUGGAGGUGCCCGGAGAUAUUAAAGGGGAGCUGUGUAACAUGAAGACUCAUCUAGAUCAACGCAACGGUGACGCCAAGUCGGAGGAGACGGCCAACAAGGAACCAGGAGAGGAGAAGCCUGAGGAGGACAACGACUAUCACCGCAGCGACGAGCAGGUCAGCAUCUGCCUGGAGUGCAACAGCAGCAAACUUCGGGGUCUCAAGCGGAAGUGGAUCCGCUGCUCAGCACAAGCCACCGUCCUGCACCUCAAGAAGUUCAUCGCCAAAAAGCUUAACCUGACGUCGUUUAAUGAGCUGGACAUUUUAUGCAAUGAGGAGAUUUUGGGAAAAGACCACACGUUGAAAUUUGUUGUUGUGACCAGAUGGAGAUUUAAGAAAUCGCCGCUCCUGCUCCACUACAGACCGAAGAUGGAUCUGCUGUAGCGUUGUCGUUUUCAGGCCCAGCGGCCGCGGACUGUGCCGAGUUUUCUUUUUUAUUUAUGCAAAGACGAUCAACCAACAGCAAGCAAACACCACCCGGCGGCAACACUCCACACAAACCAGCAGGUUGGGAUUCGAACAAAAACCUCUGUGCGUCUUUGAACUGCAGCAGAGGUCCUUUUUGAGUUGCAGGAGGAACUUUUGUCCGCUACAUCCUCGAUAUGUGAAGAACAACGGAACAAAACUACGGCAGAGAAAUCAUAUAUUUAUACUUUUGUACAGUCCAGAUCUUGACACUACUGGUGCUCCGUUUACAACCGCGCGAUGUCGGCGACCGCUUCAGACCACCUUUUGUACCCUUGUUUUGGAACCCUCGGCCUCACCACCAUGUCCUCAGAGCACACGCGGAGAAUCUGUCCAUCCAAGUUCCUUGAAUUGCUCGAUGAUUGUGAAUAGGUUUCAGAAGAGUUGUGUAGUAAUUUAUGUUCUUAUAAACUCAUAUUGUACAUAGACGGAGAGAGCGAGAGACUUUAGACUGUUAAAGAGAGAGAGAAAGAGAGAGAGAGCCCAGAGGUGCUAGCUUAACUAUGUCCAUUAAAUUAAGAUUUAAGACCAGAAUAUAUAUCUUUAUGUCGCAGAACGACACAGAAGUAUAUCAGAUCCGCUGCCCUGUGUUUGUUUGUUUGUUUGUUGAUCACUUGCCCGUAAAAAUGCUAUUUAUUGUCCUGGAUUAGCUGCGAUCCGUCCUAGCGGUUUUCAAGGGAAAUUCCUGGGGACGUCAUGUGACAGGAAGGAGAUGUUUGCUCAGGAAGUUUGAGCCACAUUCGUUUGAGUUCAUGAUGACUGAAUUCUUAUUAUCUCGACUGUUGUGCGAUGAAUUUGACCUCGCUAUCAUAGCUAGCAUGUCCUCGAAACAUUGUUAUGCGGCAGCUACCAGAAUUUGUUACGUAAAAUGAUGAAAAGAUUUCGGUUCCUUGUUCGUACGUGUAGCAUCACGAUACCGAAGCUACGGUUUUUAAGCGUCGACCCUUAAAUGUUUAGCUGCACCAAGCUAAGCAUUUGUUAGCUUAGAAAGGACCGUCUGAAUGUUGUUCUCCAAACCAAAGUGCUAAACCUUUCAAUCUCCUGUAUCGUAGUGAUCCCGAUGAAAAAGCUUCAAGGUUCGACGUCUUGUCGACGGUUCCUUAGUCGCCUUCUUGUUUCAGUUGCUUUGAAAUGUGGGUAUUAGACACAACAUGAUCACAAAUGGUACGCUGGAAACAUUCUUUCCAACUGUCAUGUCAAAGUGUGACCUGCAGCGAUUCGACAAACUGUGAAUAUUUAAAGGUUCUUGUGCAUACUAUGGAUGUUGACGCGGCUAAACUCUCAAAAAAAACAGCUAUGGCUUAUGGCUAACUUCUGUUUCAGGUUAGCAGUGCUGGGUAUUAAUGCUAGUUGAGUGGAUAGUGGCAGAGGACAUGACAGCUAAUAUCUGAAACUCAAAUAUAUACAUGCUGAAGUGUCAAACGCACAAGUUCAUGAACGUACCACCAGCCCCUUACGAACUUUUGUCCCCAACCUUUCCAACGUCCUUGUCCUUCCUUACGAAUAUUUGAGAUAUUGAUCUUGUUUGGACAUUUAUUUGGCAAAAAGAGUUAUGAUUUAUAUUUUACACCUCAAGGUUUAAACCGUGACCUUUUGUGUGGUAACCGCUACAACUCAUGCCACAGUUUACUAAAGAAGUUAUUUUAAAAAACAUGGGGUAAAUUCUUGUCUGAAAACGGUAUGAAAAAAAAUUCUGGAGUAACGGAUAUCAGUGAAUUGUGCGAGAACCAUUAAAAGUAAUUAAUAAGUAUAAUUUAAAAAAUUGGCAGAAUAAUGUAGUGCAUGGAUUGGGAGCAGAAUUUAGCCUGUUUAGCAAAUACAGUUCUAUUUCCAUGAUGAUGUCCAUUUCUCUGUGAGCUCAGUGGCAAAAUCGACACAGUAAAGCGUUUCCUUUAGAUACGAGGAGGAAAUUGGAGUUCCGUGAACGUACGACAAUGCUAACCGCUGCUACGAUACAAGAACAACUGUGGCUCGACCUGACUGCGCAACAUUUCCUUUUAUCAUUGAAUUUGUAUGAACUUUUGCCCCAUGUUUGUUUCCAAAGUCUGCGAUGUUUUGAUUCUCGGUUAAAAUAAUGUAGAACUACAUGAACGCCUUAACAACAGCAUCUCAUCGUCUGCGAAACGGAUUUGUGGUCGAACGUUCCGGAGCUGGAUCGACUGAGUCGGGUAUUUGUCACGAACUUCUCACUGCCGGUCGGAGCCGCAGAAGUGCGUGAAGAGUCUUAUUGUUUUUGUUUUGUACGAAGCUGUUUUGUUUUGGUUUGCCAGUGUUCACCUCGCUGACUUCAGGUGUCGUACAGGGACUCUUUCGGAGAUUUUGAUAUGAAAUGACUGACGAGGUCAUUUGGUGCUUCUUAUUAAAUGUUUCUGAUCUCGAGGGAAUUUGUUCCUCGGGACUUUUCGCCGCUCGCGACUGUGCGGCGACUGUCUUAACUCGCAAUGUUACGGACCCACAACUGGAGCUCUAAACGCCACAAGUGUUACCUCGUUGACUCAAAUAUUUGUUUUCAUCUUCUUCCAAAACUUUCCGAUUGUUUUCGUCUUGUGUGGGGAUGUUCCUUCCGAAUUUCCACGGCGUCUGACUCUUUUCCGAUGUUUUCCACGAUGAUGGCUUUUUGGAAACGUCCGGGAACUCUGCCAUACAAGGACCCUUGACUUGUGUGUUCGGUUUUGUACCUGCUACCAGCUGAAGACGACUUUUGUUUCAGCCAAUUUGACAUUUCCAGCAUUCUGCUACGAAUCCAGUCACUUUCAAGUGCCCAUUUGUUUUUGUUUCAGGAAAUAUACUUGUGUGGAUUCUGGUUAUUAAAUUGUCUUA